AGACAGAAGGCUUUCAGUUUUAUUUUUAAGGUUAUAAUUAUUGUUUUUCGACACAUAUAGAAAAUAGCGAAACUAGAUACCAGAAGAAAACUAAAGUUUUGGCAAGCCAUGUCAACUGAAGAGCCAAAUGAGCCAGUUCGCACUGUGUUGUCUUCAAAGUUUAGUGGCGGACCUCAUGGUUUAGGAGAUCCCAACGAUAAAUUCUUGCGUAAAGUUGAAAAGGAUAUUUUAAUUCCCAAGAAAAUGAGAGACAUUGCUCGUGUUGAGAAAUGUUUCGAAGAAGUUGAGCAAUUUACCGAAUGUUGUAAAGUGAACAAUUUGUUGAUGGUCGUCAAAUGCAGGAAUCAGAACAGUGCACUAAAAGAGUGUCUUACAAAAUGGUAUAACGAUGAAGAGUUUAAAGAGCGAUGUAAAAAACUGUAUCUAGAAGAACGAAGUGAUUAUAGAAGCACUGGAAUUGCAAAAAACCCUAGACAAAAUAGAAUAGGCUCAAAUAUGUGAUUCAGUAGAUACGUAAUUUAAUUGAAUAUAGUGAUAGUUGGA